AUGACAGGUGGAGGGUCAGAUGUCCCGUUUCCUCUUGGACUCCCUCGAUAUUUGAGCCCUGAAACAAUUCUGAAUGGUGGAGGACCACCUGCAGAUGUGUGGACUUUUGGAAUGAUUCUAUUGGAGUUAUGCAUUGGUAGGUUGUGGCAAAACUUGAAACCUGGUCCGAUUCUCCGUAGAAUUUUAACACUUGUGCAUGCAGCAAACCCAGCAGAGAGAAUAGCAAGAGAGCAUGAUUGCUUUGAAGCAUAUAAGUUAGUACCAGAUAACUUGCGCAACAUCAUAGAGAAAUGUCUAAAAAUUUACCCAAGCGAACGAGUGACUUUUGCAGAAUUGGUUGAGGAAUUAUCACAGAUUAACAGCAAGACAUUGGUUGAAGUAAAAAAACCUCGAGGUCUUAUGGGAUGUAAGCUUCAAUACUUGUAUCACUGGUGGCAACUGACAGGUGGUGAUAUCCAAGCGGAGUUGAAGAAGAAUGGGUUGAUUAAAAAUAGUCCACCUAUUUUGUCAAUGCCAAUAGCGAUACUUCUGGACGGGAGCGUUAUAGGAGGUAAGAGCGGUGCCCUGUUCGACCGUCGCAUCGCCAAGUACAGCUUGGACCUCCUGGAAACGCGCCUCAGCCACGUGCCACCGAAAGACUUCUACCCGCUUAUGCACGAGAGAAGGCGGGACUACGACGCCGUGGCCCUGCCCAAGAUCAUCAGGGAGAGAGACACUUCUGGCUGUUAUUUGCCAGUCCCACAGCUAGAUGAACAAAUGAUGGAGAUAGACGUGGACAUACCGCGCUGCCACCAGUACUGCUGGCUGCUGUGUGGACCGGCUGGGCACCGCGCUCUCAAGCGACUCCUGAAAGCCUGGCUACUCACCAACCCGCAGUACGUGUACUGGCAGGGCCUGGACUCUUUAACGGCGCCCUUCUUGUACAUGAACUUCUGCAACGAGGCCCGCGCCUUCGCGUGCCUUUCGGCGUUCGUGCCCCGCUUCCUGCACAAGUUCUUCCUGAAGGACAACAGCGCCGUGAUAAAGGAGUACCUCGCCAAGUUCUGGCAGAUGGCCGCCUACCACGAGCCCGAGUUGGCCACGCACCUGCACGAGAUCAACUUCGUGCCGGAGCUGUUCGCCAUACCCUGGUUCCUCACCAUGUUCUCGCACGUGUUCCCGCUGCACAAAAUCGUCCACCUGUGGGACGCCCUGCUAGUGGAGGGGCCCUCCCUCCCGCUGUUUAUGGGCGUGGGCAUCCUGAGGCAGCUCAGGGACACACUCCUGGACUCCGGGUUCAAUGAAUGCAUCCUCCUGUUCUCCGAUCUGCCCGAGAUCGACAUCGGGGAGUGCGUCAAAGAAUCGAUCGAAAUGUGCCGCAACUCGCCGCGGAGUAUAUGUUACAGGCGUUUCACGAACGAGCCCGAAUUGAAGGACCCCAUGGACGUCGUCGAAAUACCGAUGGAGGUGCUCCUCACGGAGAUCAGCCCGCGCAUUAGCCUCUCGGAUUUCUUCUCGCUGACCUGCCAAGACAAGUGUUGCGUGGUCGACAUCCGCUCAAAUCUACUGUACGAGAAGAGCUGCGUGGACGGCAGCGUGAACGUGCCAUACAGCGGGGUCCACUUGGGGCGACGCGAUCUGAGGGCGCUGGGGUCGAGCGCUUACCGCGCCCUCUCUGACGCCACCAAAAAGGGCAAGGCGGUGGUCGUCGCCUCCGCUGAGGACGAGACCGCCCAGCUGUUCAGCGACUACCUCGUUAAGUGCAGCGUGCCUCGUGUGUGCAUCCUCCACGGGGGAAUAGCGGCGCUGCGUUCUCACAUUCCCUCACUCUUCGUCGUGCCCAUGAAGAAAGUCGGAUCUAAACAACCCCCGUGGCCCUACUCGCUAGUUUUUACCCCCUAUCACGUUGGCGUUAUGAAUGAGAGGCGGACGCCGUACGCGGGCGAGGCGCGGGAGGGGGAGGGGGCGACGAUACAGAAACACCGCGCACCGCAUUCGCCGGCCGCACUCCGCCGCGAACGCAUGUCCGUCGCAACCGUCUACCACACCAGCAUUCCUCGCGCGCGG